CUCAUCCACGUCCAGACGGCAAAGGCAAAAUGCAAGACCGCGACCUGCACACUGCGAACACCGUCGUAGGUACCACGGGCGGCUCAUCGUUGUGCACCGAACUUCUGAACUUGCCGAGUUGAGCAGCCAACUCACAGCGUCUGGCCACUGUCCUCAGACUUCAUCUCCGCCGACUGCCGGGGAACGCCCAUUGCCAAAUAUACCGGACAUCCUAGGACACAACACCGGGGUCAAGAGGAAAGGAGCAACAUAGCCACUUCGCCGCAGCAACUCACAGAAUCCAGCACGACACCUCGUCCACGAAUACUUGAAGAGAAUCUCAUCGAGGCGGGAACAUCAUCGCGCGACGUCGCCCACCAUGGACCACUCCAGCAUGGACAUGGGCUCCUCAAGCUCAUCAUCAGACUCCUCGUCAAGCAUGUCGCACGGCUCCAUGAGCAUGGUCUUUACCACCGACCACAGCACACCUCUCUACUCCAGCGCCUGGACACCACAGACAACAGGGACCUACGCCGCAACCUGCAUAUUCCUCAUAUUUCUCGGGAUUAUCAGCAGAGUACUUCUUGCCUACCGCCACGUGCUCGAAAAGAAAUGGCACGACAAGGCUUUGAAGCGGCGGUACGUGAGAGUCGCGGGCGAGACCGAACGGCAGCAACUAGACCCAAGCGCGGACGAGAAGAGCGAUUAUGCGACGCUCACGAUGCGAGGUCUGGAUGAGAAUGUGCUAAUUCUGCAGGCGCCGCAGAAAGUGCAAGGCACGCCGUGGAGGUUCAGUACUGAUCUGCCGAGGGCGUGUAUCUUUACUGUGCAAGCUGGUGUGGGUUAUUUGCUCAUGUUGGCAGUUAUGACGCUGAACGUGGGAUACUUCAUGUCCUCACUCGCGGGCUUGUUCAUCGGUGAACUGGCAAUGGGGAGGUAUAUUGUGAUAGACGACAGCCAUCACUGAUUGUUUAGAUUGGCUUCGUGAACAUCAUCAUUUAAUACCUAUACUUACAUUCGCCGAAUAUCCUUUCUCCGACAAGUCGCAGGGUCACG